UUCAGAUGCAAUACAGCCCCAGAGCAGAAGGAUUAUUAAGCGCAAAAACCAAUUGUGUUAUGACCGACUGAAAUUUGAAUUAUGGAUUCUUCGGAAAUGUUUACCAUUUCUCCCCUACUGCUAUAUCCAAAUCUGCAUGCUCAGCUCAUGUAUUUAUAUGCGGAACAUGCAGGAAUGUAAUAGUGGUUAUUAUACAAGGGGGAAACAGGCCGUUAAGAGACUGUUUAAUGUAACCGCUUGAGGGAGAAUUGAGAAGAAAGCCAAACGGCACUAAAGUAAAAAGCGUGGAAAGCAUGUGGGUCUAAACAGGGAAGUGGCAAUCAUUUGCUACAGAUUAAUGUUUAUACCUUUGGUGCUUUAUUGAAACUUUGGAGCAAGGGAGGCCAUGGGGGAUUAGUGGAACGCAUGGGUGGAAUACUGGGAAAUGCUUUUUCCGUCGUUUUUCAAGUAUCCCCUCUUGUUCAUUGCAAAGCGAUAAGGACAUAGUUGCAGGAGGCAGAGGAACAGACUUCUCAACCUAGGUAAAGCAGAAGGUCAGUGGCUUCAUCCUGAACUUUGUUCUGGGGGUUGGAGUGGUGAAGGCAAGGGGACAGGUAGCACUACAGAGUGAUACAGGAGCACCUUUCACAGGGCAACAGGACAAGACACUCCUCAGCUUUCUUUGACUUUCUAAGGUAUAUGCUACUGAGAUUAUGCAUGUACAAUUUGCCUAUAUUUCUGUGUGUGUCCAUAUAGAAGAUCGAUCAGAGCUAAAAGAGAGGAAGUGUGAAUUUCUAAGAAAGGCUACGUGAUGGGGGCAAAAGUAUAAAGAAUAAAAGCUGUGAGAUGUGGCGCCCCCAGGCAAUUUCAAUGUCUCUUAUGCCGGCUUGAAGAUGGCGCAUGAUGAACGUGAGGUUGCAAGGAGGUCCCUGCUUUGGAUGACAGAAGACUGAGCAACAGAAGAUUCACUGAUGGGGAAGACGAGCCGAGUUGUGACCAUCUCUGCUCUGACAUGUCUGUCUCAGAUUCCUCAGGUGACACUGCAGGAGACCUGUUCAGGCACUGACCAUUCUCCCCAAAGCUGCUCAAGCCAAAACUGGGUCCAUCUCUGGUACAUCUGGCUUGUGGUUGUGAUGGUUGGGCUGCUCCUCCUCUGCGGCCUCGUCUCUGUCUGUGUGAGGUACUGCUGCCUUCACUGCCACCCAGCCGGGGAAGACGACAACUCCCAGCCCUAUGAAGUCACAGUCAUCGCAUUUGAUCACGACAGCACUCUUCAAAGCACCAUCACUUCCUUCCAUUCGGUGUUUGGUCCAGCUGCUAGAAGAAUGCUUGCAGUAGCUCAUUCCCACAGCGUUCUCCCAGCCAUACAUUACCCUGCUGGGAUGGAGACACCCCCCAUUUACGAGGAGGCUGUGCACAUGAGUAGAUUCAGAGUGGCUAGAAGUGGAGAACCAGCCCCAGAGUCACAGCCGGAGGAGAAACAGUCGGUGGAUGCCGAGAAAGGACAACAAGCAGAUCAACCAUCAAGCCAAGGCCCCUGAACCAGAUCAUCAUCAAGUACUGCCAAGACUACUUCAAAUUAUGUUCCUUUGGUAGAUGUACUGUUUUCUAAUGCUACAAUUCUCAAAUUCCCCAGAGAGGCUUGGGAAACCCAGCCGGAUGGGCAGGGUAUAAAUAUAUUA